GGGCGGCCGGGAUUGGCUGGCCUCUUGGGUGGCCUAGGCGGUGUUGGUGUGGUGCGUCCUGUUCUACAGCUAUGGCCGGGCCAGCUGCAGCUUUCCGCCGCUUGGGCGCCUUGUCCGGAGCUGCGGCCUUAGGCUUGGCCUCCUACGGGGCGCACGGCGCCCAAUUCCCAGAUGCCUACGGGAAGGAGCUGUUUGAAAAGGCCAACAAACACCACUUCUUACAUAGCCUGGCCCUGUUAGGGGUGCCCCACUGCAGAAAGCCCUUCUGGGCCGGGUUGUUGCUAGCUUCCGGAACGACCUUAUUCUGCACCAGCUUUUACUACCAGGCUCUGAGUGGAGACCCCAGCAUCCAGACUUUGGCCCCUGCGGGAGGGACCCUGCUGCUCUUGGGCUGGCUUGCCUUGGCUCUUUGAGCUCCCUUUUGCUUAAUUACUGGGUUUUCUGGGCAGUUUUUUAAAAACAGCUGGAGUAAGAAGAGGAUUAAAAAGGAAAGGCAAAUAAA